AUGGAGAACUUCAUCCUGUAUGAGGAGCUUGGGGCAGGCAGUAGCUCUGUUGUCUACAAAGGAAGAAAGAAGGGCAAUCUCAACUAUGUAGCCAUCAUCUGCACAGACAAAGCUAAGAGGCCUGACGUCACUAACCAUGUACGUCUCAGCCAUGAUCUGGAUCAUCCGAACAUAGUAUGUUUCUAUGAGUGGUAUGAGACCAGUAGCCACCUCUGGUUGGUAGUGGAGCUCUGUACAGGUGGUUCCCUGGAGUCUGUAGUUAGCCAAGAUGGAUGUCUCCCAGAAGAUGUGGUGAGGAGAUUUGGAUGGGACUUGGUCAAAGGACUGAAACACAUCCAUGAAUCAGGAAUCAUUUUCUCUGACUUGACCCCUGCUAAGAUCUUACUGGAUGGCAGUGGCAUUCUGAAGUUUGGUAACUUCUGUAUAUCCAAGGCAGAGGGUGAGACACUGGAGGAUUUCUUUACCCUACUCUCUACAACUGAGGAGGCAGGGGAAGGAAAUAACAAGGAGAACUUUGACAACAUGAGGAAAAGGUUACAAGGUUGUCCAACCUACAGUGCUCCAGAGGUUUUGCAGGGAUCCGAGACCAAUAUGAGCUCUGAUCUCUGGGCUCUGGGUUGUAUGCUCUACUACAUGUACACUGGUAAACCUCCAUUCCAUUCUGAGAAUUACACUGAACUGAAAGAAACAAUUUUACACCAGGAGCCACCACCUCCCAGACAGACAGUGUUUUCAUCCACUCCUCCCAGUGAGGACUUCCAGAAUCUUCUGAAAGGGUUGCUCAACAAAAACCCAGAUAAGAGGAUGGACUGGCCGGAGUUGCUGGACCACCCUUUCUGGACACAAAUACUAAAGGAGGAAGAGGAUGCAGAAGAGGGAGAUGAGGAGGAUGAAGAAGGGCAUCAGGAGGAGAUAAAUGGCUCUGAGCGGAUUGGCUCAGCUAACUUGAGACACGAAAGGAUCCCUGGCCCCUUCUCUGCAGGGCAGGAAGACGAGCCUCCCAACAACCACUCGGCCAUCACUACGCCAGCCCAUAGAAUUCCUAAGACACUAACCUCAUCACAGACAACUGCAGCAACUCGCAGACCCCUUGAUAGUCGCACUGACUGCCAACAAGCUGUCAGACACACAACUAUUGGAGCCUUAAGGAACAGCCAAGGCUUGGAUAGAGAGUUGGGAAAGGAGAGAGGAGGAGGAGGGAGAGAGGCAAAGACAGAAGAUGAUCCCAAGCCAACUGAGGCCCAGUUGUUACACACACUGCAGCCCAAUAAGUCAUUCACACUAGAUAACAUGUCAGAGCUCAGGCCAAAGAGUGGUGUGGAUGAGGACAACACUGAAGCCAUUUUUCUGCUCAGCUCCUGUGCCAACUCAAGGAGAGGCUGCAGUAUCUCAGAUCGUUUGAACCAGACGUCUGCAUCUCAGGCCAGUACUGGUACUGACAUCUUAUCCUGUGUGAAAGCUAUUCUCCAUACUGACUCUGAUCUGACUGUCACCCCAAUCAUGGACAACCCAAAGAUUCUUAAGAGUCCUCCAGUGCGAUAUGAUCCCAAAACCCUUUGUGUACCAGCAUAUUCAGUUGAGAAACUGCAGUCCCUGCGUGAUGAAGAGUGGACUGUCUUCCUCUUACAGCUCUGUUCAUCCCUUGGAGAACAGAACUACUCAGCUCCUCUGUCCUCCUCCUCCACUCCUACUCCUCCUCUCUCCACAGCUGUUCGAUCCAGACUGAACCUGCUGUGCUACCUCAGCUGUGUGGUUGGACAUAAAGUUAUUGCUAACAGGCUGAUUAACUCAACAAUGCUUCCAGUAUUGACCCAGCAAUUACGACAAGCUCCUAACUGGGAUGUACGGAGCAGAGUUCUCAGAGUGAUGGGUCUACUUGCUCUGCACUGCACUGAACUCGAAGAGGAAAGUCCUGUUUCUGAGGCUGUGUCCACACUAACAGACCUGUUGAGAGACAACCUCAGGAAUAGUAAAAUAAAGCAGUUCCUGCUGCCACCACUUGGGGAGUUCCUGUACCUCAUCGCCUCUCAGGAGGAGAAGAGAGGCUCCCCAGAGGGACUGUGGUUCGUUCCCGCUGCCGCCUACACUGGCUUAAUGAGGAGCCUGCGGGAAGGGGAUGAUAACAUAGUUCAUCACAUGGCUGCAAAAGCCAUAGAGAACAUCUCCACCACUGUCUCUGGCCCCUCCCACCACCUGGUUACCACAGAGAUGGGUUCUGCCCUGUGGUACCUAUUCACUCACUCCACCGUGGAGGCUGUCAGAGUUACUGCCAUCUCUUCCCUUUCAAGGCUAACCAGGGUCACUCCUGCAGUCUUCUUGGCAGUGAUUGACACCUGUGGCCCUGCGGCAGUCUUAGAGGGCGUUGGUGGAACAGGGGCAAGGGUCCAGCAGCACCUACUCACAGCUAUGGCUACUGCCCUACUCACCUCACGCAUCCAAACACACCGCAUCACACAGAACAGGGAUCUGGUGUUGAAGGUGCUGCGCUGUCUAGAGAGUCCAUCCACAGUAACGCGAGCCAAAGCAUUAUUACUUCUGCUGCUGCUAAUACAGGACAACACACACACACUGCUUUACUGCUGUCAACACAGACUUGUGAUGUACAUGGAGAGAGACCUGCGCAAGGCCACUCCCCUCAGAGAGAAUCCCAGCCAAUCAGGAUACCUGUCUCAGUGUCUGGAUUUACUGAUUGUGUAUCUGAGUAGCACUGCACCACUGAUACUGGAGGAUGUGUUAUGUGCAUUACGAGGUGUGAUCGGAAGGAGACAUCCAUCUGCAGCUCAGAGCAGACAGCUGAAACACACUUUGCCUACAAUGUCUGUAGUGCUGGAGCUUCUUUCAUCACAGGUCUUUAGAUCUCAAAUAGUAACUGAAGAGUUUCUAGCUCAAAUUGGAUUGCUGCUGAACUAUAUCACCUCCAUAGAUUCCAAUGAGACAAAUCUGGCCAGUGCUUUGGGUUCGGCUGUAUGUGAGGAGUUGAUUAGGACAUCUCUGUCCAUUAUGGAAGUCCUGAGUCAGCACCAUGCUCUCACCAUUCCACAUCAUAGUGCUGUUGUGGAUGCCAUCCUGCCUCCUCUGACAACACUGGCUUUCAGCAGAAAUGUGGAGUGGUCUGUGUUUGUUUUGAGGGUGCUGUCCGAACUCAGUCUUGUCUUGCUGGUCCAGGAGAGUGAUGGAACUGAGGAAGAUGAGGGGACAGAGGAAAAGAAAGGGAGGAGAGAGGAAGCAGAAAGAACAGCAGGAGGAAUAGAUGGUGGAAAGUCCUGUGGUCAAAUCAUAACUCUCAUGACCACCUCUCUGCUUCCCAGGUAUGAGUCUCUUCUUCGAGCAGCAGAGCCUAUCCCGCUCUACGCACUCAAACUCCUUGUAUCGAUGACUGAACACAGCAAGCAGAUCUGCAGAUUGAUCAAACACAGUAGGAUCCUACCAGCAGUCUUUCAACUCAUUAUGGCUAACAGUAGUAAUGUUACCAGUGGGGUGAUCCAGAAUGCAGUCGCCUUGCUGUGUAAUCUUAGUGGAGACACAGUCUUGGACCUGGAACCACUACACCAACAAGACCUCAUAGAAGUGGUGGUGAGCACCCUCUCAGAAGCUGCACUACUCCACCUGGAUGGGGAGGGGCAUGCUGGGAGGAAGGUCAGCCAUCUUUCUUUGCAAGCCCUUCUGGAGCUGCUUCACAACAUCUUAAAACAGACAUCUGCUGUCGUCCGCUCUGCACUGAAGAGCCAGAGGCUAUCUUGUCCAGCAGUAGAGAUGGAGGCAGCAGAGAAACUGCUCCUAGAAAACCGACCCCUGAGCCAACUCAGCACACACCUCAUUCACAUGCUGUCAACUGAAAACCAAGAUGUCUGGGAUGAGUGUAUUCAGUGUCUGUCGCUACUGGUCCAGCUAUACGGAGGAGAGGGUUAUGACUGCCUUUCACCCUCCUGUUUGCGAAGCUUUUCACACGUGCUGCGCACACACAUGCACACGGAGACCCCCCGAAUCCAACGCACAACACUUAGGAUCAUCAGACGACUGGUGCAAACAACAGAGCGAUCUGAUUGGUUAGAAUGUGCUGAAGGGGCGGAACUGUUGAGUCUCCUGCAGGAUAUAUCUACAUCCAACAGGUGUCAUGCUGAUGUGAUCCCACUGGCUGCUGAAAUCCUCCAGGAGUCCUCUGGAUCCUAAAAGCUUUUAAUCACCAACCCUGAUGCAAACCAGAACCAGGUUCAAGUCCAUUUCAGGACUUUCAAAACACUUAUGAUUGGUAUUGUGCUUUUCUGACUUUCUCUCUGUCUU